CCAUGGAUAUAAAAAACUCAUAUCUGGGUGGUUCUGAUAACUUUCUUCUUUUAGCAGGUGCAUCACUUGUGCAAGUGCCCAGAGCACAGCAGCCAAUGCCAUCUUACGAAUUUCAGCACCAGGUGCUCAAGAACUUCAAUAUACUUCGCCUUGCGAUACAACAACAGGGGGAACUCUUGUCAAGCCUAAUGCCUCUUCAAAACUCCCUCACUGAGGCUCCCAAGCUGCUAGAGAACCCGCUCAGCUCUGUAGAAGAAUUCGAAACGUUUGAAGGGCAGCUAACACCAGACCGUGAGAAGCAGUUAAUCCUGGAGCUUUCACUGCUCGGGGGAAACUCCACAAAAGUUGCAGUUCGCAGGAUAAUGUCGUAUGUUCUCAGCAAUGAACUGGGACGCCAGUACAGUUGGGAAGGAAGAAAGGGUAAAUUACCCUUGCGAGACCUAAACCUGCCAAAACUCAUCCUGCGUACCAUUCACUCUCACAAAAAAUUUGUCAAAACUACACGGUACGAAGUAGAGCACCAGAUAAAAGAGUGGCUACGCCAUGCGAGGGACAGGGCAGAAAGAGCAAGUGUUCCUAGAAGGGUCCAGGCACAAUCAACAGCAUGAAUGCAGAUCUCUCCCAAGUUGUAAGAGUGCUCGACGGCCCACUAUGUCUCACGCCACCAGAGUUUGUUUUAGUUGUGUUUUUUUAGUUUUUGCUGCUGAAUGCGAAAGGUAUGUAUUGAUACCUGUUCAUUCAGUUUCUUUAUUAAUGUAGCCAUUUUAUUUCCAGUUCUUGAGAGUGCUCGAGGCAUAUGCUAU